AUGAAACACCGACACGGCCAUUGGGUCGCCGAACAUAAAGCCCAGCGUCUCCUCACCAUCGUACACUUCGCAUAUCCCAUCAUAUUGCUCUCCUAUUUCCUCACCACCUUCACCAUCCGCAGCAUCCUAUCUGCUAGAAGCGACGAGCCCGACAAUGCCGUGUCCGAAGCGCAAUUAGGUCCUGGCGGGAAACCCUUGCCGAAGAAGAAGGCACCCGCAGCGAAGAAUACUUUCCUCGAUUUCAGUAGACCGCGCAAGUUGCUAUUCGAGUGGCUGGCUCUGGCUGCUACUCUUACUCUCGCUGGCAAUGCCGUCACUGUAGUAGUCCAUGCCUUGUAUGCGCGCAAGGAGGAAUGGUGGUGUGGACAAGCCACGGUUGUUUACAUCGUCGGUGCUUUCAUGGUUCACACCUUGAUCCUCAUAUCCAUCUUUGAUACUCAACCUUCGCCUACCUGGGUCCAUGCUUCGUCAUGGGCUCUCGCCGCUGCAAUGGAAACCGUCCUCCUCGCUUCGUCCUUCGCCUUGUAUACCCACGCACAUCACGAACCCAAGGCUGGAGAUCCGUCCGGCGGCCACCUAGAAAGAGAGAUGACUGAAUGGGAAAUUACUGGUGUCACGUUGGAUCUUGUCCGCGUAAUCCUCCUUCUAGCUCUCGUGGCCUUCUAUGUCCUGUUCGUCACGCUGCACGCAAGAAGUCAAAGAAAGCAAGACGCCAACCAAGCCUCCACGAGCGAAACUACUGGACUUCUUGCUGAGGACCGCGCUGAAGCCGGUGCCGCCAACGGCUCCGCCAAUGGAUCCGCUAACGGAGCCAAUGGUUAUGGUGCUACCCAACCAAAUGGAAACAAUAAACCGAAAAAGGCUACCGAUGCUCCUGCCGGCUGGGAGAAGCCAACCACCACACCUUCUAGAAGCUGGUGGGAAUACAUCAGGGGUUACUCCAUGUUCUUCCCUUACCUCUGGCCUUCCAAGGAUCGCAGGCUCCAAUUUGUUGUCGUCGUCUGCUUCAUCAUCAUGCUUAUCCAACGCGGUAUCCAGAUUUUGGUGCCCAUCCAGGCCGGCAAUAUUACCGAUGAGCUUGCUGAUGAAGAGAAGACCGGCAUGCCCUGGAAAGCCAUAUGUCUGUACAUCUUCUACCGCCUACUUCAAGGAAACAACGGCCUACUUGGUGCCACCCGUUCUAUCAUCUGGCUUCCUGUCAGCCAGUAUUCUUUCCGCGAGCUUUCAAUCGCCUCAUUCGAGCAUGUCCAUAGUUUGAGCUUGGACUUUCAUCUAGGCAAGAAGACUGGUGAGGUGCUUUCAGCUCUGGGAAAGGGCAAUGCCAUCAACAACUUCCUGGAGUCUGUCACCUUCCAGGUCAUCCCCAUGCUCGUCGACUUGUUCGUUGCUAUUGGCUACUUCCUCAUCAGAUUUGAUGUUUACUACGCCUUGAUUGUCGCCGUGGUCACUUUCUGGUACAUUUACCUUACUAUUCGCAUGGCACAGUGGCGUGCCGAGAUUCGUAGAGAGAUGGUCAACUCUGACAGAGAAGUCGAUGCCGUGAAGAACGACUCCAUGGUCUCAUACGAAACUGUCAAGUACUUCAAUGCCGAAGCCUACGAGUUUAACAGAUAUCGUCAGGCAGUUGAGAAGUACCAAAAGGCAGAGUACUCGGUCGUCAUCUCGCUCAACUUCAUGAAUGUCACACAGAACAUGGUAUUCAUGGUUGGUUUGAUGGUCGCUUGUUUCGUUGCUGCUUAUCAAGUCACUACUGGUCAACGCAGUGUUGGCAAGUUUGUCGUCCUGCUAACAUACAUGGCCCAAUUGCAGGGACCUCUGAACUUCUUCGGUACCUUCUACCGCAUGAUCCAGAGCGCCAUGAUCAAUUCUGAGCGCAUGCUUGAGUUGUUCAAGGAAGAGCCGACCGUCGUCGAUGCUCCCGGAGUCACGGCUUUGCCCAGCUGCGAAGGCGAUUUACGCUUCAACGAUGUUCACUUUGCAUAUGACGCUCGCAAGCCUGCAUUGAAGGGACUCGACUUCCACUGCAAACCCGGUACCACGACCGCUUUGGUUGGAGAAUCUGGUGGUGGUAAAUCUACCGUCUUCCGCCUCCUCUUCCGCUUCUACAACUCCGAGUCUGGCACAAUCCAGAUCGACGGACACGACGUAGCAGAUGUGUCUAUCGACAGCGUUCGCAGACAUAUCGGUGUCGUUCCUCAAGAUACUGUCCUGUUUAACGAAUCGCUCAUGUACAACCUCAAGUACGCUAACCCGUCGGCAAGCGAUGAAGACGUGUUUGAGGCUUGCAAAGCUGCAUCAAUCCACGACAAGAUUCUCUCGUUCCCUGAUGGAUACAACACCAAGGUUGGUGAGCGUGGUCUCCGUCUCUCUGGUGGUGAGAAGCAACGCGUCGCAAUCGCCCGCACUAUCAUCAAGGACCCUCGCAUCAUUCUUCUUGAUGAAGCUACUGCUGCUUUGGAUACUGAGACCGAGGAGCACAUCCAAGAAGCUCUCAUGACUUUGGCCCAAGGCAGGACUAUGCUCGUCAUUGCCCAUCGACUUUCCACCAUCACCAUGGCUGAUCAGAUCUGCGUUCUUCACGAGGGACGCGUUGCUGAGCGUGGUACACAUCAGGAGCUCCUCGACUUGAAGGGCAAAUACUCUUCGAUGUGGCGCAAGCAGGUCCGCGCACAAAGAGCAGCGGAAGAGGCCAAAGUGUUGAAGGACAAGGCCGAGAAACUGCGAAGAGAAAGCCGAAGUGGUGACUUGCCACAGGAAGGCGACACUUCCGCUGGCAGCAGUGAAGACGAGAAGGAGAGGCAGCGAAGUGCACAGAAGGCUCAACACAUGCAAGCUCCUGUAGACGCUGGCGAGGCUCCCACAGAGAUUGCACGACAAGCGGAACGAAGCGACAAACCGCAUGGACAUCCUUGA